UUGGAUGGAGGACUCUUCUUUCAAGGCAGCCAAUUGAGUCAUCAGCCUGCCACCCACCUGACCGUCUGACAGCUACCUGAAGUUUUUGGCAGUAAAGUCGUCAUGACAGACCUGGGCUGCAAAAAGUCCAGCGACUGCACCGUCUCCAGGCUACUCAGUGUCGUGGAGAGCGAGCUCCGGGCUGGGAGAGACAAAGGCGACCCCACUGAGAAACAGCUCCAGGUUGUCUUGGAGGAUGCUACACUCUGGCAGAGAUUCAGGGAAGUCACUAACGAGAUGAUCGUGACCAAGAACGGCAGGCGGAUGUUCCCUGUCUUAAAGAUCAGUGUAUCGGGCUUGGACCCAAAUGCCAUGUAUUCCUUCCUGUUGGACUUUGCCCCAACUGAUGGCCACCGCUGGAAGUACGUCAAUGGAGAAUGGGUGCCAGCUGGGAAACCCGAACCACCGAACCACAGCUGUGUCUACAUCCACCCAGAUUCUCCCAACUUUGGGGCCCAUUGGAUGAAGGCUGCUAUUUCCUUCAGCAAAGUCAAACUUACCAACAAGCUCAAUGGGAGCGGGCAGAUAAUGUUGAACUCCCUGCAUAAGUAUGAGCCUCAGGUACACAUAGUUCGUGUAGGAGGUCCCCACCGGAUGGUGAUGAACUGUUCCUUCCCUGAGACUCAGUUCAUAGCCGUGACUGCCUAUCAAAAUGAAGAGAUAACAGCUCUCAAAAUCAAGUAUAAUCCCUUUGCCAAAGCCUUCCUGGAUGCGAAGGAAAGAAACCAUCCAAAAGAUGCUCCAGAAACAGUCUCUGAAGGUCAACAUAUGGCAUAUUCUCACUCUCCGCACGCUCCCCACAGCUGUGAGCGAUAUUCCGCACUCAGAGGACAUCGGGCUGCUCCAUACCCACCUUCAUACGUGCAGAGAAAUCACUCGCCUACAGUGAAUUUGUUGGAGAGCUCCAGCAAUAAUCUUCAGGUAUUCCCAGGACAUGACAGCUGGACUUUGCCAUCCUCUCCACAUGCUAAUUUGCUCUCAGUGCCACACACCAAGGGAACUGCCAGCCCUGGGCCCAGCCAUUACCCAUGUCUGUGGACGGUGAGCAACAGUGCUGUAAAUGUUGCCAACUCAGGGAACGAGGUGAGCAGCAGCCCUUCAAGCAUGUUCCUAAGGGGUAAUGUCCCCUUACCUGCUGGAUCUUCAUCAGUCCAAAUCCCUCUGCAGGGAACAGUCUCUGGCAGCAUGGAAAUGCAAGGGGAAACUGCUCUAGCCAGACUAGCCGACUCUGCGUGGACAUCCUCGCACUCCUUUUAAUGGACAGGCAGCUCACAAGGGAAGCUCAGCUGAACAGGACUGACACAAGCAGCAAAGGACCCCCUAAACUCACAGCUCAGAGUGGGGAUGUAUAUGCAGAAAGCUGACUUCAUCAAGCAUCACUUUCCAUAAUGUACCUCUCAAGUGCCAGAGAAGCCAAGACGCAUAAUGCAAAUGUUAGGGGAGCCAACUUAUUAAUGUAACCUUUCUGCAUCAUUCAGGAUGAUGACCAGAAAGAAUCUCUAUAGUUAGCUUUGCUUCUAAAUCGCAUCAAAAAAGGUCAGACGCAUGCAUCUCGAUGAAGCAGACAUGGCAGCUGGAUAUUUACAUGUC